CGACGUCAGAGAAUCACUGGACCGUUAGAUUUGUCAUGAAGAGGAAUCUGUGGUGUGAGAGAAAGUCCAGCGUCCUUGAGUCAUAACAGGCGACAGAAGUACCUGGCUCGUGUAUCAUGUAGUGGAUCCAGCCUUGGGACUGCUGCACACCCAGUCGUCUCCACUCGUCUUCAGUCAUCAGGUGGGACCGUGGGACAUACUUCGCCAUCUCUCGAGAAUGGUCUCUUCCACUAUUCUGCAAGCCUCCCUGAAUGAGUCAUCCUGCCGGCUCCUCAUUGGAUAAGACCCUGCCAUCCCAAGGGAUUGCCUUGCAGAGGCAGAAAGGCCUUGCUUCCAUUCACAGAAACAUUGGUAUGCCAGCCUGCUAUUUCAUUCACAUAAAAGGCUAAAUAUUGCACGCUUGUUUUCUCUUCUGCCCGUUUGCACUUUUAUCCUGCUGCCACUUUUGAUUUGCGAGGGGCUAUGAUUUUCCUCCCUGCUUUUGUCUUUUUCCUUUGUUUCUAAGGAGAGAAGGCAGACGCGGUGUUUUUUUUCUCUCCCUCUUUUUCUAUAUUUGCCAGGCAGGGAAGAGAGAUGUUGGGAGGGACUGCAGUGCGAAGUCUGCGGCAGAGUGAGAGCGGAAGCUGCUUAUGAAUGAGCGUCAGUCUUUUGGCUUUGCUAGAUGCUCCUGAGGACAUUUUACAUGAAUGGUGUCUGGCUGUGUGCUUUCCUCCAGCAGGGAGACAAAGAUGCUUCUUCGUUGCUGCUGGUUUUAAGGAGACUCCAUAGCUUUUUCGUUUGUCCCAUUAGCUCUCGCAUUGACUGUAGAAACAUGUCGUUCUUGCUGUUUGUUUCUGAGUUGUGUCAUUCAGGGAGUUCAAGUAGAGCCAGUUGAUGCGUAUAUAUUUAGACUUAAUGCUGUACCUGACGUCUUUCUGAGAAACAGGUUGUUGUUUUAAAUUGAUAUCUUACUUUUGGUUGAUGAUAUGAAGCACUGGGACAUCGCUGUAUGUCCUGCACAACGGUGCACAAUGGCCGUCGUAUGUUUUGUCUUCGUUUUUAUAAAUUAUUAUAAUGUGUUUUAGUUAUAAUCAGGCAAAUCACUCACAAAUGUGCUUAUUUUUAGCAGAUAAUCAGAUAUGAAUUCUAAUUUGUGGAUGGACUGAAAUGACGUUUGGAUGGAAAGUAAAAAAAAUGGCUGUUUCUCUUGUGUUAGCGAUAUGCCACUCAUUGAUUUCCAUUUUUAUUUACAUGCCAUGUUUUGAUUUCAUCUUUGGAUGAAAUUGUUUUGCAUGAAUUAUCUUGCUAUGUUAUUUAAAACAACCGCAUCUUUUUUAUUUCUCACUAAACAAGCAAGAGGGUGCACAUUUCUCUGAACUAAUAACAGACUGGGGAAUUUAAAAAUUGAUUGGUUCUGUGCUGUAAGUGGGAGUUAUUUUUCUCUCUCCCUCCAACAGGAAGUGAUUUGCAGUGUUCAGCAAGCCUUUUGUUGAGAAGGUUUUCUCAGAUCAGUGAGUCAUGCUUCAGCUCUGAGCAGGCAGGCAGCAGUCAGUACACAGUGUUUGCUCUUCCCUCACAGUGUUGCUGAUCAUCGACAAUACAGAGCUUUUCUCUGCUUCCAUACUUUUUGGAUUAUUUAUUUUUAUUUUUGUUUUUUUCUGUCGGGCGAGAAAUCAUUAUUUUUUGCUGUGGCAACAGUGUCACCGCUGGAAACCCAACAACAGCUCCUACUUUGCUUCCUCAGCUUUUACAUUUGUGUUUCCACGGAUUUUGUCGCCACAUUUCCCUCUGACUGAUUGGAUUACAGCUGUGGAUUUUACUUAGCAGUUUGGCGACAGAAGCGGCAGCACAACACAAGCGCCACUGUCACCUCAAUAGAGGAAAUUACAGUCAGGUGGCUUCUGAUUGCUCAAAGACGUUUGCUACCUGUAUCUACCGCCGCCGCACCGCUGCUAUGUUAAUGGAGCGGGUAAUCAGCUCGGCUCAGCCGCGUCUGCCAGCACACUUGUGAAAGAGGCAGGCUGUGUGCAUCGCUUGGUGGGGAGAGUGGAGAGUUCAAGAGAGAGAAGGGUAUGCUUCACCGUACCAAAUACAACCGCUUCAGGAAUGAGUCAGUAACAUCCGUCGAUGAUCUUCUCCACGGCCUGUCCAUGAACUCCAAGGUCUCGGCUAAUCCCCAUUCUGCAGCCGAGACAUCCUACACACCCCCGACCGAGGUGCAGCCCUCCUCUGGCACCACUUCUUCCAGCACCGCCACCAGCCACGGCUCUGACCACCUGGAAGAUGGAGGUACCACCCUCUGCACCCUCAUCAACAAGGUGUCCAACCUGAAAUUCAGCAACUCAGGGAGCUUGCUGGCCAUUAAGGGUCUGCCCUCGGCUGUGAAGGACCUGGCCGUGUCUAAGCUGCAGGGGGGUGGGGGAUCGGGCUCCGGCGGCUCCUGUGGAUCCAGUCCCAGCGCAGCCACAGCAGCAGCAGCAGCAGCAGCAGCAGCCUCUGGUGUGGGCGGCUCUCUGUGCAGCUCGACCCCCUGCUCGCAGCUGGAGCCAGCAGUCAGCAUGAGCAAGAAGAGCAGGCUGGAGGAGCUUCAACAUGGAGGAGAGGACUGGAACUCAGGUGGACUGGUGAGCAAACCCUCCAGGGGAUGGCUACACUCCAGUGACAAGAUCUCUGGACCAGGAGUCACAUACAUUGUAAAGUACCUUGGUUGUAUUGAAGUUCUGCAAUCCAUGAGGUCUCUGGACUUCACCACAAGGUCACAAAUAACUAGGGAGGCCAUCAGCCUGGUGUGUGAGGCUGUUCCAGGCACAAAAGGAGGUCCCCGAAAGAAAAAGCCACCCUCUAAAUCACUGUCCAAUAUCCUUGGAAAGAGCAACCUGCAGUUUGCUGGCAUGUCCAUCAACCUAAAUAUCUCCACCAGUAGCCUCAACCUAAUGACGCCGGACUGCAAACAGAUCAUUGCCAACCAUCAUAUGCAGUCUAUCUCCUUUGCAUCAGGAGGAGACCCUGACACGACUGAUUAUGUUGCCUAUGUAGCAAAGGACCCUGUGAACAGACGAGCUUGUCAUAUCCUGGAGUGUUCGGACGGCCUGGCCCAGGAUGUAAUCUGCACCAUCGGUCAGGCCUUUGACCUUCGCUUCCAGCAGUACCUGCAGUGCCCGGCCACAAAACUCCCCUGCACUCAUGACAGGGUGGUAAAUGUAGAGGAGCCGCCGUGGACGGAGGAAGAGGAAGAGUCAGCAGAGCAUCCUUACUACAACAAUAUACCUGGCAAGAUGCCCCCUCCUGGAGGCUUCAUCGACACCCGUCUGACCAGUCAGAAUUCAACAUCAGAUGGAUGUCAGAUGGGUCUGGCCUCUGUGGACCAGACAUACUAUCAGGGUCGACACUGUGGAGAGAACUGGGGCGAAGAGAAGAAGUCCAGCUUUAUUCAACAGGGGUCCUUUGACAUAAGCAGUCAACCGGAGAGUAAAGGGGGGAAAGCAGGCGAGGUGGCCACAUACGUGAACACGCAGCAGAUUGACGUCCAGGUUCUGGCCGCUCUUCAGGCCGAGGCCGAGAAUGUGACCAAAGGGAUGGCAGUUGCAGCCAAAGAAAGUCCACAGAAGGACUUGUUUGAUAUGAAGCCCUUUGAGGACGCCAUCCAGUCCCAGUCACAUCCUCCAUCCCAAUCUCAGCCCCAGUCCCAGAUAGCUGGUCUCCAGAAGGCUGCAUCCGUGGACAACUCCAGUCCUUUGCUGGUGCGGUCACUGGCCUUCAGAGCUCAGGAGGAGCUCGAGGGUCAGAUGUGGUACCACGGCAAGAUGAGCCGCCGUGAUGCUGAGAAGCUGCUGAUUGAAGACGGAGACUUCCUGGUUCGUAAGAGCACCACCAACCCGGGUUCCUUUGUACUGACGGGCAUGCACAACGGACUCGCAAAGCACCUUCUGCUAGUGGACCCGGAGGGGACGGUACGGACAAAAGAUCACGUCUUUGACAGCAUUAGCCACCUUAUUGGUCAUCACCGUGACAACAAUCUACCAAUUGUGUCUGCUGGGAGUGAACUCUGUCUCCUGCAGCCUGUGGGAAGGAAACUGUGACUGAAAACACAAACAUUGCAGUGGAGCCUUAGGGAGAAGUUGCCAUCGUGACACUGUAGACUGAGGACGACUGGUUAAAGAUGAAAAAUAUUUAUAGAACUGUUCUUAUUUUGUUGCGACGACUGAAAUGCUAUAUUUUUGAGAAGAUUUAGGUGCAUUUGAACAUUCUAUCCUGAUUUGAUGUUCAAACAGAUUUUAAAGACGGUUGUUCUUGUAGUUUAGAGGAAACUUCACAGAGGUGUUAGCAGAGUAUUUUAGAAUAAGAACUGAUUUUUGUCUGUCAAGCACAACCACAUUUCUACAAGAGCUGCUGGUUAGAAGGUUGGGAAAUCAGAUCCGUCUACAAAGCUGUUUAUAUUGAAUUCUUUUCCGGAAAAAGCGUCACCAACUGUCAGCUCCGCAGAUUAGUUGCUCUACGGAAUGAAAGCAUGGAUUACAGGUGAUUUUGCUUUACAGUAGUGGGAGACGACUAGCAUCCGAAGACAAACUUUCUUUUUCUCGUGUCACUGCAGUCGCAUGACUUAAAAUCAGCUGUUGUCGUGGACGUUGUUCGUAGACCCCCAAAACCCCUUUAUUUGGACCAGGUGCUUGUGUUUGCUGACACUGUACAAUAACUUUUGCUUUUGCAAUAGUGAUGAUUUGAGAGUUGGUUUUCUAUGGAUUAUUGUUUUCAGUGUGUAGUGGAUGAUUAGUUUGGCAGCACUGAAUAUUCUCACAUUAUUUACUGACUUUGUGAAUUAUUAGUUCAGCUACCACGGGUAAAUAGCACAAUCACUUUAGAGGAGUUCACCAUAAGCAUGUUUACACUCACUGGUCGUCUCACUAGGCAUGAAAUGAGGAUGAAUCUUUGUUACGUUGCUGCAAACUGAGUGAAAUUGAAUUACCCAAACAAACAACAAAUGGUUCUGGAAUGUACAGUAUGUGCUGCAGUUCAGUAGUGUCUGGGGUGUGGAUGCUGGCUUCAUUGUUAUUUAUUAGUUUAACUUGCUGGCAGUCAAUGAAACAGAUUUGAUUCCACUGGUUUUAGAUUGUUGCACUUUUUACAGCAUUUCCUAACAAGUGCAUCACUUAUAUUGGAUCAGUAUUAUGAUAGGAAAAGUAUUCUUGGCAUUAUAAGAAUUGCACUAUUUAUUAGGCUAAUGUGAGAGUAUUAUAAUCAUGAAGAAAAGAAUGCCAUUGAUCCACUUGUAAAAUAAUACAAAAACAUAAAAAUCUUUCAAUUUGCUUUCAAUUUUGUUGCUAAUUAUUAUUUUGAAUUCCCACAGCUGAAGAAAAGACAUUCUACAGUUAUACAAUUAUAAAUAUUUUGUCAAAUUUCUCCACAGCCCGUCGCUGUGCUUCAUCUCUCUUUGACACUGGUUCGUUCGUUUUUCUCUUCAGAUACUAUACAAACUCAUUUCCCAAAAUACUAAUAGAAUUUGAUGUAAGAAUUGGUGUGGCAAAAGUUAUGUUUGGUUAAUGAAAUUGCCAGUGAGCGUAUAUUGAACAAAGACUCAUCGUCCAAAUUUGGCACCAAAAAGCCCCCAUUCCUCCUGAUAGCCUGUUGACAAAGAAGGAUCUGGUCUUGCUGUGACUUGAAUAGAUGCUGAUUUUAUUUCACUCAAGCUCUGACUGGUGAUCUGGAAGUGGACACAUGAAUCACGCGUCACUUCACGGCGGCCUGUCCAGACUGUUUCCUGUUGUGUUUUGGAAAUGAUUCACAGCUUCAUGAAUACGGCAAAAUGCACCGAGCCAUCUUACAUCCAACCGAAAUCAUAGUGUGACUACGAGACAGAUGCAAUGUAAAAUAUUAACGUGCCUAUAUUUUGCUGCAAGAGGGAGGAGCAUCUCAUGACACACUCCAGCAGUCCUUUUAAUGUUUUACAUCGACGUCCAACACUGACAUCAGCAGGUUUUACUUUUUUACAUUUUUUUUUGUCUUUCAUAUGAAGAAAAUGUAUGUUUCACUUUCAUCUGUUGCCGGGUUACAGGGUGUGCAGCUUUACUUGUGGUUUCUCUGUCCAAGCUACUUAGGAUAUCGAUUCUGCUAGGGUUUGUCCAGGUGUACUGUGCUACCUGACAUUAUGUCCGUGUUAGACCCUAGCUUACCAGGAAGCUCUUCCGACUUAACUGACUAGAAUGACAUUGACCACCAAUUUCUACACCAAUAAUAUUAACAUGUCUGUUCUUGCUUAUUAACAGACUCAAUGAUACACAAAUUUUACUUUUGACAUGUUUCUGUUGGUUUGGUCAUUGAAUCAAAGAGGCUGUGGAUCAGCACCUCCAAACGUGUGAUUUUCCUACAUGAUGGUCUUCUUAUUUACUACCUUCAGAUGUGGUGUCUGAUCAAAAUCACCAGCUUUUAGAUUAAAUGGUCUGGAUUUGUUUGCUCAUAAGUAUGUGCCUUCUGUUCCAGAGAGAUUUCCAGCAACUCCAAGUUCUAGUAGACUUGAUUGAAUUUGAGUAUUUAAAUAGACACUGGAGCUACCAGAGCUUAACUUGCCUGCUUCAUCUAAGUACGAUGGCCUGGAUGAUGAAGAACCUUCACACAUCUAAACUGAUUCAAUGUUGGCUCUGUGACAGAGCUAGUUUGCGGAGUUCAGUGUUGUUGACGAAAUAUGAGGCAGAAGGCAUGUUUUUAUUUCCACUACUAGCAGCAGACAAAGGAUAGCUUUGCUUGCAUCUACCACAGAACAAGAGCAAUGUGACGCCAAGACUUGGAGUGCAGCUGGAGCUCUUUAAAUUCCUGGUGCAACAACCCCCCGCCCCGGCAACAGAUCGGCACUCAUGAACAACAUGAAAGUAUCACAUUCUGAAGUGAAUGUUUGAAACAACGUCAUCACUGUCACAUCCUUCUGUUGAUGAAAUGUGCCUUUAGUUUGUUGUUUUUCAAGUUCCUUUCUUCAAAGUGCAAAAGCUGAUCGUGACCGGGGCAUGACCCGUCACGCCGGGUCGGGUCUGGUCCUGCUGCGUGUUGAUGCUUGAGAUGAACGUUUCCUCUUUUGUCUCCCUCUCCAGAUAUAUAUUAUAAUAAAUGUAUCAUUUCCAGAUUCUGAA